AUGUGCCAACACCCGCUGCACGAGUUCAUCGCAGGCCUCCCCAAGUGCGAACACCAUGUCCACUUAGAGGGCUGCUUAACGCCCGAACUGAUCUUCCAACUUGCCGCACGCAAUGGGGUUACUCUUCCAACCGAUGACCCCGCUUUCGCCUCAAUUGAGGCCCUAGCAGACCGUUAUGAGCGCUUCGCUAACCUCGACGACUUCCUGCACUACUACUUCGAGGGCAUGGCGGUCCUCCAAUCCGAAAGUGACUUUGCCGAUCUUGCCUGGAACUAUUUCCAGAAAGCCCAUUCCGACGGUGUUCACCACGCAGAGGUCUUCUUCGACCCGCAGGUCCACCAGGGUCGCGGCAUUCCCUAUGAGACUAUUGUAGCUGGUUUCUCGGCGGGUUGUAAGCGCGCUGAGCGCGAGCUGGGCCUCAGUACUAGACUGAUUCUCUGCUUUUUACGCCAUCUUCCCGUUGAGUCAGCCAAUGAACUCUACGAGACGUUUCUCGCCUCUGGUGACUACGAGAAGGGAACUAUCCACGGUCUAGGCUGGUCUUCCUCCGAAGUUGGCCCACCGAAAGAUAUGUUCCGGGAGAUUUACGCCUCCGCUAGACAGAAGGAUAUCCGUCUUACUGCGCACGCCGGUGAAGAGGGCGACUCGACAUAUAUCAGUACUGCGUUGGAACUUGGAGCCCAGCGCAUCGACCACGGUAUUAAUUUGAUUCAAGACCCAGAGCUCAUGAAGCGUGUCGCCGAGCAGAAUAUCAUGUUAACCGUGUGUCCGGUUUCGAAUGUGAAGCUGCAGUGCGUGAAGUCUGUUGCUGACGUGCCGAUUCGGAAGUUCCUGGAGGCGGGGGUGAAAUUCUCGAUCAAUAGUGAUGACCCCGCAUACUUUGGGGCGUACAUUCUGGACAACUAUUGCGCUGUACAGGAAACGCAUAAGCUGUCUGUGCUGGAAUGGAGGAUUGUGGCGGAAAAUGCGGUACAGGAGAGUUGGAUUCCUAAUGAGAGGAAAGCAGAGUUAUUGGAGCGCAUUACCGCGCAUGUAAAGAAGUAUUUGUAA